GAGGCCGCCGCGGAGGCCGGGAAGUAACAAAUCGGGUCUCCUCCCCGUCUCCUCCUAAAACAAAGGUCUACAAUAUUCAUGAGGCUUAGACAGGAUAUAGGCUUAUUGUGAUCGUAUGUUGCUUAUACAAUUUCAUAGAUCAAAAUAUAGGCCUAUAAUAAUACGACAUCAAUUCUGUUUUUCAAUUACAUUGUUUUUAAUCAAGAACAAUACCUUGGUUGCCAUAUGUCCAUACCUGCAAUAGCGUUUAGGAUAACAGAAUACGAACAGGAUUAAUGUAAGCCUAUACACGAUGUCCAUCCAUCAUCUUGUGGGGUUGACAUAUACUAUCGACUUCGUUAACUGCAAUGUUGAUAAGGGGUUAAAACAGCACCCUUCUGCUAUAUUAAUCUCAGCUAAAUCCCACUUUCAACCAUUCUCAACUAUUCCAUAUUGGGGUGAACUCGUCCCGGGAGCUCGUUUCAGUUAAGUUGAGAUUGGAAUCGUUCUUUCGUUUCUUCUGUAGCAUAUCAUCAAAAUGUAUAUUCGAAAGGCAUCUUUCAUUCUUCUCAUCACUUUGGUGAUCCUGUCUCAAACAAUGGCUUCACAGCUCUUUGAUGAAUUAGCGGAUGAUGAUUCCAAUGCGAGAGAAGAAUCUUGGGGCGCGUUAACAAAGCUUCGCAAAAAGGUAGCACAUCGCACUUGCGAGCAAACUAAAAAGUGUCAAACAACAGGAGGGCAUGAAACUUGCGCAGAUUACAUCUGCUGUCAUAUCGUCGUGUUUGGGAAGAAUACCACACCGUCGUGCACAGCUGUUACUUCAAGUUAGACACCAAGAUCGCUUGUACGUGUAUCAGCAAGUGAAGGAAAUUUGUUUCGUAAUAUGACGAUGAUGGAUGGUGAUGGCGAACUGGCAGUAACAUGCUCCUUGGAUCUUUUGGUUAAUGCUUUAUAGUGAGAUCGUUAGACGCUUCUUGGAACUUUUUUCACAGCAGUAUACGAUAUCAAAAGCAAAUAAAAUUAUAUAUUGCCGUUUAGUAGGCAAUAAUUUUACUCAUAAACAUAAUAAUCCCUAGAGCUUCUUUGGGAAAAUUCCUGCGAUACAUUCAUGAAAAAUAAACGGUAGAUUUAAUCUAAUUAUUGAACUGCAGUUUGGUACAAUCGGUAAACCUAAUGAAAAGAAAUUCAUCUAUAUUGGUUUGAGCGAAUACAUGGAGGUUAAGAAAAUGUUAUAUCUUUGUUUUUUUCCUAAAAUUCACGGUUAUUGUUUUAUUCUCAGGACUGAUUUCGCAAAUUAGAGAAGUCCGAUUGAUAGGAAGAUAAUAAUUGAGGUAUAACAGUUUUAAUAUAUGAAAAUGACAUUAAAUUGCGUUCUUGCUAAAUCUUAGAUUAAUUAAUAAAGACGAUUAUUUUCCUGACUUUCAGAAUGAGCGUUUUUGGCUCUCUUUAUAUAUUUAUUCUUGCCAGAAUAUUGUGCAAAUAUCAACAUGAGUAUUAUUUCAUAUACACAAAUUACAUUUUUUUAAAUAGGAAAUCUUUCACAAGAUUACUGGUCGUAAUUUUCAUCACAUUAUUCACUUCAUGCAUUAUGUACGGAAAAUUAUGUAUUAAAUGAUUUACUCGAUUCUUCUAUUGGUUUGGUACAUUAUGAAUUAAAAAUUAAAGAUUUGGAAGGAGUAAACUUAUCGAAA